AUGUCUCUGCAAGAUAACGUUGAUAAUCUCGUGAACAUGGGAUUUGAUGCCUCUGUGGCGCGGGAUGCGUUAUCUCGUGCUGACAACAACAUUGAGGCUGCUGUCAAUUUCAUUUAUUCGGAUUUCUCCGCAGACCUUCCCCCCUACAGUGAGAAUGGCGAAUCUGGUCCUUUGGGUCCUGCGGGUCCUACAGGAGCGGCUGGAGCCGGUGGGAUUGUGGCUGAUGGCAGAUCAGCGUCUACUGCGAUCGAGAUUGAGGACGAUAUCAAGAACAAGAUCGCCAGCUACGGAUACGGACACGACAAUCCUGUUGUUGAUUUGGACUCCGAUCAGUCAAAGAGCGAGAUUGUUCCUACCUACGAGGUAUACGACGACAUUUCGCGGUACACACGUGCAGAGGGCGAUCCGGGCGUGCUGUUGCCGGUCAAGGCAGAGUUAUUGGAGGGCUAUUUUGCCCCGUUGUUGAUGACCUUGUCUAAUAUUCCUGCAUUUCGUGACCUUGUGCUAAAACCAGAGUUUGAAGACUAUGGGUAUUCUGAGUUGUGGUGGAAAAAGGACAAGUGUGUUUCGAAUCCGAGUGUUGUCAUGGAAACACAGCGAUUGGUUGCGUUUCUGUGUGGAGACUCGUUUAGAGCAUUUGCGUCGAUUCGCAGUCUGAUAGAUGCCAGUUCAAAGCUGAUGACCGACGAUUACCAGAGCGUGGCCGAAUUCAUCCAAUUCAUUUACUCGAGUCUGAUUGAGCUGUUUGCCAAGACAGACGAAUCUCUGAAACGGCCUUUCGAGCAGCUGUUCACGUCGCGGUUUCGGUUCGAGGACGACGAGACCCAGACGCAUUGCAUUUUCCCUGUUGAGUCCAACUACUUCUACAAAGACAUCUACCGCAUCAUGCAUUCGUUGCUCUGGGGAAAAGAUAUGGGACGAUUGGGCCAGCAUCAGUUUCUGGAGCUAAGUGACGUUCUGACGGUCAGUUUCGAAGGAAACGGAGACACAGUCCCCGGUGGAGGUUUUGAGCUGACUGAGGAGUUCUAUCCACAGAUCUACACCUCCAAGCACGAGCAUAUGGUGGCAGAUAAGUUCAGACGGAUUAGUGAACUGAGAGACGAGGUCAGCAAGAUCAACGGACAAACCAUCCAAUUGAAAGCGUUCAAGGGGAAACGGGUUUCUGCUCUAUUGGACACGACUUUGAGCCAUCUUUCGUCGCUCGGUGAAGAUGAACGGGUCCAAUCUGCUGCCAAAGAAUUGGAAAGCAUCGCAAACCAUAUUUUGGAUUGCAAAACUCGAAACACAGAGAAAUUAACCGCACUCAACAAGGAACGGUCCGACAUCGAUAUCUACAACAUCAACUACAUCCUGGGUGAUCAAAAGGCCGAGUUCGAGCCGUGGGUGUUGACUGGAGUCAUUUUCAACGAGAGACAGUUCUGGUACCGUUUGGAAGAAAAAUGGUAUGCUUUCAACUACACGCUGGAAAUAGGCAAAGAUUUUGAAAUCUCACAAACAACGUUCGACAAUAUCGUUUCCCAGGUAAGAGAGUACUCGGCAGACAACUUCGAAACAGGCAUGGUACUCAUCUACGUGAAAAAAUCGCUCAUCACCACAGAUUCUCCAAUUAUCAACAAAAAUUUGCAGAAAUUCAUAGACACAGAUAAUCAGAAGGUUGCGAACGGAGUGGCCUUGCACAAGCUCAACGAACAGCAAGAGGAACAGGAGGGCCAGAUUGUUCUUUCUGACCAAUAG